AUGACACUCUUUAACCCGACAUCGAUUCUCGUGGGAUUCCUCCUCCUUUACCUCUCGUCCUUUUUCAUCUUCGCUAUCGUCCGGAUCGCGACGGGCAUCUCCAUUCAACGGAUCGGAUACUUUUCGCUUCGUCGAAUUGCGUACACCCCGAGAGAAGGAAUUCACAUUGAAAUCCGCGGCAUCGGACUCGCGUUACAUCCCUCGUCAUUUGCCCAGCCAACAUGGAUCAGCAUUCGGUUGACGGAACUGAAGAUUACCGUGGACUCGACAAAUCUGGGGCAAGGAAAACGCGAAGCGCCCCGCGACACAUCAGAACCUCUCGGUCCCACCAGCCCACCCGAAAAUUGCGCCGCGCCCGAACCUGACGGAAGAAGCAAAACAUGGAGGACGUUAACACGAAUCAAGGAUCAUGUCAAGCGGCUACACCGGCAGAUCAAUUGGUUGGCUCUCGUGGACCUGACUGCUAUCAACACAACCGUACACUACGUCAACGCCGGCCAGAUCCAGGUGGGAUCACUUUCCCUUUCAGUCGACACGCGGAGUAAGAUGGUGGAACGGGGCAAGCUAUUUCGUCGCAAAAAGGAUAUGUCGCGAGACCAACGCCCGGCCGAGUGGAUUAUGAAUGCUAAAAAUGUUUUACUCAAUGUCGACGGCCGGGAGCCCACCGAGAUAUUGGAUAAUGUGGGGAUGAACCUUCAUGGACUUCUCCACAAGGAUUUGGAUGGACUCAGAGACGCCUCGGUGGCCAUUAAGAUUGGACGCAUGCAUAUUCCAUACGACGAUGUCCGCACGAUAUUGCAGCGCAUCAAGCAGGUCAAGAAAUCCACACAAGGGCCAGCGAAUAUCGAGACCGAUGAAGGAAUAUCAUUUGCCGAUUUCGUGGACGAACUCGACAAGCCUGGAAGCAGAGACGAUUCCAUUGUACAGACUGUGGCGGACUCAAAGGAGUUUGCAAGUUCAUUGCUUCGUGGUAUACAGGAGAUACAGAUCGCUAUGAGCUUCUUCCGUGUCUCGAAGGGCAUCCAGUCUCUGUCUGCAGGACAAACCCCCGUGUAUCUGAAUGUGGUAUCGCAUGAGCUUGGAGUUGAUCUUCAUCGGAUGGAUCCCAAGAGCCCGGAGCAUCGCAUGUAUUUCCAACGGAAUGAUGUUGCCCACCAGGCUCUUCUUGCCGCAAUCUCUCUUUCAGCCAGCUUAGGUGAUGAAUCGGGCGAGACUGAUAACAUUCUAUACAUCCCCAUGGCUACGACAACCAUCAAAACCACACUACCCUCGAAGACCGUGAGCACCUUUGACGAUGAGAACGCCGAAGAGCGAAACACAAAUGUCCUGUUCGCAAAUUUGGUCGUCACAUCACCCUCCGUUGAUCUCCAACCGCAACAUGUUUCGAGGGUUCUCAAGCUGGUACAAAAUCGAGCCUCUUCUCCCCGAGGGAAGAAGCAAGAUAAUCGUCGCUUGAUUUCUCGAUUACUCCCAAAGGCAACCAUCAAGCUUUCUGUUCACGAACCUGUGAUUCGAUUUGUUCUCCCAAUCGAGAAAGAGUCUGGUACUCCCGAUGAUUACAACCUCAUCAUCUCCUCGAUCUCCUCCAUUUCACUCGAUAGCGAAUCCUCUCAUUCAUCCGAAGGCGGUGCCCACUAUUCCCUAUCGUCCAUUUACCGGGUCGCCUCUCACAAAUUCUAUUACCAAACUCCAGCAGGAAACAAACACAAUCUGCUCACAAACGAGAAUUUGGAGCUGAAGGUCCAUCUGAAUGCCACCCCAGAAGUCUGUGUGGUCGCCUCAGGCAGCCUUAACGAGUGUUCGGUCCACAUGAUCGAUGGGGAGGUAAACCGUGGAAUCCGCGAAGUUUUGCAGCAAUUCAUCACCCAGAUGGAAUCUCAGAAGCGGGUACCAAUGCCGGCAAAUGAAAGAAAGUCAAGCGUGUUAAGACGAGUGCCCCCAUGGCUACUCCAAUUUCAGUUUGAAGCCACAGGGUCCAGUGUAGAAAUCGCUGGUGUAGACAGCACCGUCUCUGAUAUAUCUCGUGGCGUCUCUCUGCAACUCCAAUCGUGGACAGCGGAAUACAAAGCUCAGAAAACGGAGAAAAAUGUUGGAAGCAUUACCAGGCGACGUACUCCCAGCCAUUCCACCAUCGGCGAUGAAUCGCCUUUCCGAUUUCCCCCAACAUCGCCUCCCAAGGCCACUCACACUCAACGCGGCGCUUCAGAUGGCCGGCGACUGGCCUUCCACGCGCGUGGUUUCGAUGGCUUUGUCAUUGAGUCAGAAGAUUAUCUGGAACCCGAGCCAUUCUUCUCUUUGCCUCGAUUCGAGGUUGCGCUGAGCACCCACAGUGAUCGCUUAGGACCGGUGCUGCAUGUCACCUCCGUGUUCAAGGGCAUAUACCUUCAAUACUCACUGUACCGGUUCUACUGUGUUGGUGUUGCCGUUUCCGUGAUCCAAGACGUGCUCACACCUUUGCCGCAAAAACACCCACAAUCUGCGGAAAGCAAAUCCAGGGCGCCUGCAAGCAUAUCUCUACCACCGCCUCCGGCAUACCAAUGGUCCCCAAAGAAGGAGCUGGUCACUUACGACGUGAAGGCAACAGUUGUGCAGCUUAAGGCGCACUUGCCGAAUGAUCCUCAAAUAAUGAUUCAGAUCUACGGACUUGCCGGUGCCUCUCAACGUCUUUCUACCCCUCAUAUCAAAGCCAAUCUUGUCCGUUUCCAUGCAGAGGCACCUAAGCUAAAGGGAGUUUGGGCAAGAAUCGGCAGUAUGAACAAUGUCAGGCUGGAUUUCCGAAAGAUGAAGAUGAAACAUGGCAACACUUUGGUUGAAGAAAAAUCUAUUGAUAUAUGGACAGACUUCAUCCGAAUUGGUGUACCUCAUCAUAUGGUGAUGCACCGCAUUUUUGAUAACCUGAUCAACACUUCCAAAGCUUUCAAACAACUGCACAAUCGCUUCGGGAGCGGGUGCAAAGAAUUUGGCUCCAAGAGAGAGCCAGAAGGCCCGAAGAAGGUACCCAGGAUAUCACUUCGCAGCAAAGCGUUGCUCUUCGAGCUCGAGGACGAUGGCUUUGAGUGGAAACUUGGCUGCAUUUAUCGAGUUGGCCUGGUCGAACAGAUUCAGCGGCUGGCCCGGGAAGACGCUUUCAACUUGAAAUCCCAAAAAGUCAGGGAAUCUGACCAGCGGCGCGCCACCUCCCGAUUACGAGCCAAAUCGAGCCAUCGGACAUUGCGUAGCGAGCGAACCAGCCAAGAUACAAGGCGAAGCAGGAGUGCCGAUGAACGGCCAAGAUCUAGUGCCCAGGAGCGUGGGAGAGGUCGGAGAUACCGGUAUAAUACCGAUGGCGCGACCUGUCUCUCAUCAGAGCAAAAGAUCUCUGUGGAUGCCGCUUGGGGCCGACUUCAACAGUACAAUGCUCAAGUCUGGAAAGAGAAGAUCGAUGCCGCUCUCAUGUUCCAGGGCACUUCUAUCAAAGAAGUUCGAAAUCUAUUCUCUGGUGCAGAUGAACCUCCUCCGGACGUGAAGGAGACCGAAACCAUUCUUGCCAUUCCGAAUAGACCAGGUCUGAUGUCAGCUCUGAUCAGUGAUGUCAAUCUUGUUAUCGACAAGCCCUCAUUCGCCAUCGAGGAAUUCCCCAGUUACUUGAACCGAAUCGGAAAGGGAAUGCCCAUGUCUAUGCAAUACGGCCUGCUUAUCCCAAUGAGCUUCAACCUGGAAAUGGGCGAAGCACGCGUCAACUUACGCGACUAUCCUCUAGACUUCUUGCACAUUCCAGCACUGCGCCCAGGGCAGUCCCCUAGACUUCCCAGCUGGUCUUUGCGGACAAACUUCGUCAUUGCCGAAGAAUGGCGUGAUCAUGAUUCUGCAAGACAGGUCGAAGUGGAACUCGUUCCUGCAUCUGAAGGGCCUGAUGGAUCUCCCCGCGAGGCGUUCAAGAUUCCCGUUUGGCGUUCUGUUACACCGGUCAAGACCUACUCAGACCCUGUCAUCGAGAUAAACACAAGCCUGCCAACUAGCAUUUCAUGGGGUGUCUCGUACCAGCCUGUCAUUCAAGAUAUGAUGAAGAUCAUUGAGGGCUUCACCAAGCCUGAAAUUGAUCCAUCGGAGCGGGUGGGCUUCUGGGACAAGAUCCGACUCAGCUUUCAUUCUCGGAUCAAGGUUCUCUGGAAGGAAGAUGGCGAUGUACAUCUGCGGCUUAAGGGCUCUCGUGAUCCAUAUGUGGUAACCGGCUUUGGAAGCGGUUUUGUCAUGUGCUGGCGCAGAGACGUCAAAUUGGAUCUUAACACCGGUGACAAUCCCAUGGAAUUCAUGACUGUUACGAGUGGCGAAUACGUGCUAGCUAUUCCUGACUACAGCGCCGAAGCACGUUGUGCAAACGAGGCAACUACAGAGCUAUUGGACAACAGUUCUGCAUCCAGUGAUCAAAAGAACGCUGCGCACUUCAAGAAGGUUAUCAUGAAGCUCUCUGGCGAUGUUAAAUGGGCAGCAGGUCUAGUCUUCGAGCGGGACAUUGAGAAUGAUGAGAGGUCCUUCUCCUUCAAACCCCAUUAUGAGGUCAUUCUUAAAAACCCUAAAUUCGUCAAACCAUCUGAGCGUAUCAAUUACGAUGCUUAUCGUGGCUUCCGGAGUGACCACAUUCACUUGUCUGUCUCGAUUAUUGCACCGCAGAACAGAAACUGGUCUGUCGACAAUGUUCAACCAUCUUCGAGCUACAAUACUAUCCAUCUCUCACCACGAUUCUUCACCCACUUCUUCAAUUGGUGGUCUCUUUUCUCGGGCGUGAUGUCGCUUCCUGUUCGCCAAGGACCGCUCUGGCCAGGAGUCACAAAGACCAGCAAGAAGUUCAAUCGUCAUUUGGCAACUGUCAAAUACAAAAUCCUUCUCGCACCCCUGUUUGUGGCCCACAUAUACAAACACAAGGACCGCGAAGAUUAUGCAGAGAGAGUUGUUACGGCUACGGGCCUGAAAGUUCGCCUUGAUUGCUUGAAACUUGAUAUUCAUCAACGUCGCGAGCAGAUCAAAACACAUGCCGGGGGACGUUCAAAACAGACCCGGACAAGCGCGAUGCGUAUUAAUCAAGCCCAGAUUGAUAUGCAAUCUGCAGACUUCCGCGCCGUGUCCGCCAGCAUUGAAGGCACAACCGCGGAAGAUGUUGAGCGCAACAGAGACGACAUUCUCUCUUCCUUCCAGCAGCCUGUUGCAUCAGUUGACUUGUCUCGGUUCACAAUCCCCGAUCACAAUUUGGACUGGGUCGACAUGGAUGAUUUCGUGGAGCCGGACUGGAUCCUUCCGCAGGAGUCGAACCCCCGUACUCAGAUAUUGCCUUUGGCCUUCACUCCACGCUUCACCUACACCCGCAACACAGAUCAUUGCGACAUUGGACCCGACGAAACGGGCUACAGUACUUUUGGAUAUGAACCGACUCACGAGUGUGUUAUGUCUGAAACCAACGAUCCUCGCCGUGUUCAGAUUGAGUUGGUCAAAGAUCGCCUUGCAACAGUCGAGGCACAAAUUCGCAAUUUUGAUCGCACAAUUGGGGAAAUGGAACUCAAACUCAUGAAAGAGGUGGACAGCAACACAGACCUGAAAGCCGAGCAUGAGAUAUUCCUUCGCCAGUCCGAGUCUCUGACAAGACGACGCAAGUUCUUGACCACAACUCUCAAUCGUCUUGAGAGGCAUAUCUCACGCGACGAGCGGACGCCAGUUGGCACACCUGGCAAAAAUGUUGCCCCCAGCACUGCUUCUUCCCGAACAGGACAUACAGGUCGAUAUGCCGAGUCCACAACCGAUGGCCGUUCUUCAGGCAUGGAUGGACUUUACUCGCAGGGCAACGAUGAGUUCUCUAGUGAUUUCAACAAUCGUUUCAUGAUCCACAAUGUGCAGCUCAAAUGGAACAAUUCGCUGCGCAACAUCAUCUUGCGGUACAGUCACCAAGUGAGCCAACGGCGUGGAUUUGUUUACUACAUGUCUCGCCGCGCUGUCAAAUUCAUCCUUGAUAUCGUGGAUGAACAGGACAAGAACAAGCGCAAGCAGUCUAAAAUGUCUAAGACGCAUACUGAAAGCUCAUACAACGAUGAGGGCCAAGAGGAGGUCGACGAACGCAUCGCACAAUUGCUGAAUGAUGCCAAGCGCUUCGUGAAUGUCGCAGAGAAUGAGCCACCGGACUCGAACCCCCAAUCAGAUUCGAAUCUCCAAUCCUCUUCCAAUUCGGACAAUUCGAGUGAGAAUAUCGUGCCGGAAUUCACUCCCCAGAAUAGUUAUCACUUGCGUCUCAUUGCGCCUCAAAUCCAGCUUCUCAGUGAAAAGAACCAGAAGUCGGUCUUGCUUGUUGCCGCUAAAGGCAUGGAACUCAAGGUCGUGUCAAUCAUGGAUAAGGCGCGUGUUGCGGACGAUGUCAGCGGCUUGAUACAGCGCCGUUUCUUCCUCGAAAUGGACGGUGCCCAGUUCUUCGUUGCAACCCAGAAGAAAUUGAUGGCAAACUUGCAAUUCUAUGCUGGCAAUAAGUACGGAAACGCGCCCGGAUCAGCGUGGCCGCCGUGGUUGACUUUGGAAGCCAUGUUCGAUUUCGAGCUAAAUCCAUUUGGAUUCUCUCGUAUCGUGCAAAAGACUUCUGCCACCCUGCGUUACGACAAGUUCAACAACCUCCGCCUCAAGUAUAACGAGGAGGUGGCAACGGGUCAGCAGGGCCCUCAUCCUGACGAGCAAGAAGACCGCAUAGACUCGAUCAGUGUCGACUUCCCUCAUUUCCGCGCGAUUUGUGAUUCUGCAGAGUACUAUUCCAUGUACAUCAUUGUCCUGGAUCUUAUGCUCUACAGUGAACCACUCGAAAAGGUCCGAAAUGAGCGUUUGGAGAGGAUCAUGCUCACUUCCGACUUCAGUGAUCUUCGUGGCGCCCCGGAAAUGGUGUUCAAGCUUCAAGCACGCAUUCGCCAGUUGGAGGAAAUCAAAGAGUACUUCCAGAUCAACGCUAAAUUCCUGGAUAAACAGGGGUGGGAGGAUCGGCUGGCUCUCGAACGCGACUUGUGUCAAUGCGAGGAUGAGCUUUUCUUCAUGAUGAAGGCAAUCACGACUUCCCAACGGCGAAUGGAACCCAGUUCGUCCAGGGCAGCCGGUGUCCAUGGCGUACUGCGCUGGAGCAUAUCGGCGAGUGAGGUCGUGUGGCAUCUGAUGAAGGAGCCUUCUGAGCCCUUGAUUGAGUUCCAGCUGCGCAAUGCUUCGUACGAACGAACUGACAAUACUGAUGGCUCGAACCACAACCUGGUAUCUAUUGAGCGACUAUUCGGAUUGAAUCUGCUUCCAGACGCCAUCUACCCUCAAAUUAUUGCACCUUACCUCGACGGCACACGCACCCUGGACGAUUUCAUGUUGCGCGUCAAAUGGCACAUGCUGGAGGCUGUUGCUGGUAUCCCCGUGCUUGACAACUUCGAAGUUUCAUUGUUCCCGCUCAAGAUUCAGCUCGAACGUGAGCUAGGCCAGAAAGUCUUCGAAUACAUAUUUCCCAACGUGGGAUCUAGCGCCUUUGAGGCUGGUGGCUUCUCGCCUUUCAUGAUCAAGAACAUGAAGUUGUUUGAUGAAGGCUCGGACGAGGAAGACGAUGAUGAAGGCUCAAGCGGGACACCACUGACACGCUCAACGAGUAUCGACGGCGAUAGCUCGUCUAUGGACAGUCUCGCCAUCUCUAAGGGACCGGGCGCCAUCGAACUACGACUCCAGCCUACACUGUCGCUUUCAGAUGAGACUAAGUCGCGUAAUCGCUCAGGCCAUCUGAAGGGUCUUGUGAUGACACCUCUCUACCAGGAUAGUAACCGACUGGGUGUAUCAGAGACCGCGCGCAAAACGGGCCGUCCUGCUACGACAGGUGGUCUCAGCAAAAAGAAGUCUGCGGAUAGUCUGCGAAUGUUGACCAAACAGCCGACUGAAAGAUCCCUGUCUAGCCACAGUGCUGGCGAAGAUAGUCGCAAGAAGUUCGGAAUGGGUAAAGGAUCUAACAAGAGCGGCAAAUCCAAAGCGCCAACGGACGACCUGUCCCAAAUGAUAUCCCGCGCCUCCAACUUCAUGACCCUCGCACGUGUGAAGGUGAAUGAUGUGGUUCUCUGCCUGAGCUACAAGGGCAAAGGAGAUCACAACUUGGAGGAUCUCCAUGAUUUCGUUUUCCGCCUUCCAGUUCUUGAGUACGGCAACAAGACAUGGUCGAACCUGGAUCUUGCCCUGCGCCUCAAGAAAGACGUGAUCAAAGCCCUUAUCUCGCACGCUCCUGCCAUCCUUGGUAACAAGUUCUCCCACCACCGACCCUCGAAGCAGCAGCAGAAGCGUUUCCGUGAACUUGCAUCAUCGUCUCAACUCCUGCCAAAUACAUCAAGUUUGGUCAACUCGAACAGCAGCCAAGCCCUAAGUGUGGGCAGCUAUGACUCUAACAGCGAUUACUCGGAGUCACGCUCACGCAAAUCCACGCAAUCGAAUGCAUCGCCAUUGGCUAGGUCCACCUCAUUGAUUUCAGACAUUCACGCCGUAAAUUAUUCGGAUCCCACUAUCCACGACACACGGUCCGCUAGUGAAGUCGAUGUGGAUUCUCGCUGGGAGGCAUCGCGUCGAUUUGUCAAUCCCCCACCCGAGAGACCGAUGACUUCUGGUCACACGACUUCGAUUCGAUCCGGCAAGAAUGAUCAGGAUGACAGUCACAUCAAAACAAUUCGCAACAUCGGCCGGAAGCUGACAUUCCGGAAAUGA